UCCCUGACAGCCGAAGUCCACCAGCCUCCGUUUCAGGAGAAUAUGCAAGUGUUACUGAGGUUUGUUUGUUUCAUAGCUCUGCUGAUUUCUUCUCUGGAGGCUGAUACAUGUGAGGAACGUGACGAAAAAGUAGUUUUAGUUUCAUCUGCAUAUGAAAUUGAUGUUCGUUCGUGUCCUCUUAACCCAAGUGAAAGCAAAGGCACAAUAAUUUGGUAUAAACAUGACACCAAGACUCCUGUAUCUAUGGAAAGAGACUCCAGGAUUCAUCAGCACAAAGAUAAACUUUGGUUUGUUCCUGCUAAGAUGGAGGAUUCUGGACAUUACUUUUGUGAAGUAAGAAAUUCAACUCACUGCCUCAAAGUUAAAAUAACUGCAGAGUUUGUAGCGCAUGAGCCUGACUUGUGCUACAGUGCCCAAGCUAUAUUUACACAGAAACUACCCCUUGCAGAAGAUGGGCAACUUGUGUGUCCUUACUUGGAAGUUUUUAGAGAUGAAAACAAUGAGUUACCCGAAAUACAGUGGUAUAAGGACUGCAAACCUCUACUGCUUGACAAUAUAAACUUUAUUGGACAAACAGAUAAACUCAUCGUGGUGAACGUGACUGAAGCGCAUAAAGGGAACUAUACUUGUCAUAUAUCCUACACACACUUGGGAAAGCAGUAUCAUAUUACCCGGGUGAUAGGACUUAUUACUCUAGAGGAUAACAGGCCCACGAGUCCUGUGAUCGUGAGUCCAGUUAAUGAGACGAUAGAAGUGGACUUGGGAUCCCGGGUACAACUGAUCUGCAAUGUCACUGGCCAGUUGAGUGACUUUGUCUACUGGAAGUGGAAUGGCUCAUUAAUUGAUGACGAAGAUCCAGUGUUGGUGGAAGAGUAUAAAGGAGUGCAAAAUCCUGCACCCAGAAGAGGGAAUACAAUCAUCACAGUGCUUAAUAUUACAGAAGUGGAAAGUAGAUUUUAUCUAUAUCCAUUUACCUGUUUAGCCAGGAAUUCAUAUGGUAUAAAUGCAGCAUAUGUCCAAUUAAGGCAUCCAGUCCCUGAUUUCCAGAAGCACAUGAUUGGUAUAUUUGUCCUGUUAACAAUAGUCAUUACAUUCUCUGUUUUCAUCUAUAAAAUCUUCAAGGUUGACCUAGUGCUUUGGUACAGAGAUUCUUGCUAUGAUUUUCGCCCCCCAAAAGCUUCAGAUGGAAAGACCUAUGAUGCAUACAUACUAUAUCCAAAGACCCUUGGGGAAGGGUCCAGCUCUAACUCAGAUAUUUUUGUGUUUAAAGUCUUGCCUGAGGUCUUGGAAAAACAGUGUGGCUAUAAGCUGUUCAUUUAUGGAAGAGAUGACUAUGUUGGGGAAGACAUUGUUGAGGUCGCUAAUGAAAACAUAAAGAAAAGCAGGAGACUGAUUAUCAUUUUGGUCCGAGAAACAUCAGGAUUGAGCUGGCUGGGGAGCUCAUCUGAAGAGCAAAUAGCCAUGUACAAUGCUCUCAUUCGGGAUGGAAUUAAAGUUGUCCUGCUUGAGCUAGAGAAAAUCCAAGACUAUGAGAAAAUGCCAGAAUCCAUUAAAUUCAUUAAGCAGAAACAUGGGGCCAUACGCUGGUCGGGGGACUUUAGAGAGGGAUCGCAGUCUGCAAAGACAAGGUUCUGGAAAAACGUUAGGUACCAGAUGCCAGUCCAGCGGCAGCUGCGUUCAUCCAAGCGCCAGUUACUGUCCCCAGCCACUCGGCCAGACUCUAAGGAGAAACUGCAAGGGGAGGUCCACGUGCCUCUAGGCUAGCAGGGAGACGCUCAGCCAAGAGUUCCUUGGGUGGCUCCUGUCUUAUGGCGUUGCAGGCUGGGCUGUGCCUCCACUGACUUGUACAGUCAUAAAAUGCACCUGUAUAGUCCCUUAUUCCCAAGGUCACCUGGAAUCAGAUUGUUAAGGGAGCAGGAUGUGGUGACAAUAGCAGGCCAGGGCAAUUCAGAACAGAGGGCUUGGGAAGUCCUUUAAAAAGGCAAAUGCCCUGUCUGAAGGUUUGAACUUGCUGGGAAAAGACACUGGGACAACAAAUGAGAGGAAAGAACAUGCAGGAAAUACUCACCAUCUCUAGACGGUUUUUUGACGUUGUCUACAGGUGGAGGGCGGGGCUGUGGCCCAGUCUGGGGACUGCAGGCUGACUGGCCCUCGAGUUGCUCUCCUGGGCAGAGGUGCUGGUGAAGUGAGACUGACACUUCAGGAAAGCAGAAAUAUCCUUGGAGAACUUUCCAUUUGCCUUGCAUUUUCCAUACAUAUCAACAGCUAGCAGUCAGUUUCCAAAGACUGAAUUUCAUUUUACAGAUCUUUAAAACUGUCAUUUCAAUGAACAAAGGGAUUCUCUAGGAUUCCAAGGUUUUGAAAUAACCUUAGCUUUCCACUGGAGAGAGAAUUUCAAAAGCACGAGUAGCAGAGAACUGAUCCCCUCCUAAUGCUUUGCCCCCUGGAGUGACCAUUCUGUUCUACCUUAUUCUUCUGCAUUUUACUAGACUCAU